GGUCAUUCGCGUGUCAAAGGCUUAGCUCGAACUUUCAACUUUCAUUGCACGCCCCGACCGCCUGCAUUUGCCAGCCACGACCACACUUACUUGUGAAGCCGCACGCAGCAGAAACAUCACAACUGCUGCACAGGACUGCCUGAGAUUAACGAAAUCAACGAAAUCAGCGGAAUAACCGUUUGCAUCGCAGCAAUGGACCGCGACCGCGAGAGAGACCGUGAUCGAAGAGACGAUCGGUACUCGAACACGUAUCGACCGCGCUCCCGAUCUCCUCGUAUGGACAGCUACCGUGGAGGUCGGUCACCGCCGCGCCGUAGCUCUCCUCCGCCGCGUCGCAACUCCCCCCCACCACGCCGCAGCUCUCCUCCGCGACGAGGCUCCCCGCCGCGCCGAGGGCUCGCCUCAGCCGACACAUAUACUCCCGGAGGCAGCAAUCGCCCGUCACGGCCCCGGAGUCGUUCGCCGGCGCCCCGGAGACGCUCGCGCAGUCCGCGCCGAGACGACAACUGGAAGCCCAGGCCGCGCUCGCCAAUUCGUCGCGCCUUCUCUCCUCGACGAGAAGGCUUCCGGAAUGACCGUGCGCGGUCGCCGAGGAGGGACGGGUAUGAUUCAUAUACUCGCUCGCCGCGCCCGCGCGAUCGUUCGCCGCCGCCCAGAACGCGUGACGCCUCACCUGCGCGAAGUCGGGGCAUGCGUUCACCGGUGCGGCCGACUCGAUACGACGAGUCGCGCUCGCGCAUCAGCAGGUGUGGCCCGCCAUUGGGAGCAGACCAGACUGGCGCUAACCUUGCCAGUCCACGACGCAACUCACCGCCUCCUCGUGACAUGCGCGAUUAUCGACGCCGCUCGCCUUCGCCUAGACGCGAACGAACCGACCCAUAUACGGCAGACACAUGGCGCAACCGCAGAUCCCCAUCGGCCAGGCCUGCACACCCCUCCAACGAGGCCUCGGGCGUGCAGUCUGCGGCGACUUCACGCAGGUCCUCUCCUCGCCCGACUGUGCAUCCUAGCAGAGCUGCCCUUGUAGACGACAGGGCCGCCCGAGAACCUGUGUCUGCCCCCAGGUCGCCGUUCCGCGAACGCGAGACCAGUAGAGCCCCUCGCGACAACUUCCGCGAGCGUGAGAGGGAGCGAUCGCCUCCUCGACGUCGGGAGCCCAGCCCGAUCCGAGACAGGAGUCCACCGCGGCGGAGGGAAGCUAGCCCACCCAGAGGACCACGGGGCGACAGAGAUAGGGAGUUUGCGCCACCUACAGGUCCUUCUUCAGGCCGCCGCAAUGGCGAUGGCGACUUCGCAAGGGCACCACCAACGGGACCGUCGAGCCGUAGCUACCCUUCGCCAGCCAUUUCCCCCCCUACCGGACCUGUCGUUCCGGUGUCGACCGCACCUCCAACUGGCCCUCGUGGAGGAAAUCCAGCACUCAGUGCGCCUACUAGACCACGCGGCGGCGGCCGUGGUGGCUAUCCGUAUGACUCGCCGCGCGACUUCUCUGGUCCACCCCGCCGCGGGUCUUGGGGUGCCGGACCUCGUGGCGGUGGUGGCUUCCGCGGCGGCUUUCACGAUGGCCCUGCUGCUGGUCCUCGAGGGUCUAUCAGCGGUGCAACGUCUUAUUCGGCUACCUUCAGGGGAUCCAGCAAUUCGACUGCCACGACAUAUCCUCGCACGAUGCGCUUCCGUGAUCAUCUUGGAGACCUGUCCAAGGAAAUCCCUGGUGGACAGAGAGCGCCGGAGGUGUACGACAAGAGCAAGAUUCUGAGACUUGAGGAAGAAGCAAGGAAGUUGCGGGAGAUGAUCGAGAAGAAGGAAGACGCUAAGAGGGCGAAGCUGAGAGAGUGGGAUGCGCUGGAGAGGGAUGCCGAGACGGCUCAGCUUCGCGUUGAUCUUGCUGAGCAGUCACUGAGGAACCUGAACGGCGAGACGGAGGUUGGCGGCGCGGCUUUCUAGUUCUGAGCGCGCCUCAACGACAGCAAUGCUCUGCAAUCAGACGGAGCUGAACGGA